AUGCCCCACGCAUCUCUAAAAAACAACCGGGCGCUGCCCCUCCUCGAUGAAGCUGUGGCCGGCAAAUAUGCUGUACCAGGAAUGUGCUGCUACAACCUCGAGGGCGUUCUAGCUACUGUUCGCGCUGCAGAAGCCAAACGGUCACCGGCCAUGGUUCUCCUCUUCCCGUGGGCCAUCGAGUACGCUGACGGCCUCCUCGUACAAGCCGCCGCGACAGCAUGCCGUAACGCCUCGGUGCCAGUGACCCUACACAUGGACCACGCUCAGAGUCCCGAAAUCAUCAAGCGAGCGGCCGACAUGUCUCCUACCUUCGACAGCAUCAUGCUCGACAUGUCUCAUUUUGAAAAGGCCGAGAACCUUGCCCUCACGCGCGAGCUGGUGGAAUACUGUAAUGCUCGCGGCAUCGCUACGGAGGCAGAACCAGGCCGUAUCGAAGGUGGAGAGGACGGUGUGGCUGAUACGGCUGACCUAGAAGGGAUGUUGACUACGCCGGAGGAGAGUCAAGAGUUCGUUGAUACGGGAAUUGAUUGGUUAGCUCCUGCAUUUGGAAAUGUGCAUGGAGAGUAUGGGCCUAGAGGUAUACGGUUGGAGUACGAUCGGUUGCAGAGGAUUAAUGAGGCGGUAGGGAAGCAGACGAAAUUGGUCCUUCAUGGCGCGGACCCGAUGACGAAGGAAAUCUUUGAUAAGUGCAUCGAGUGUGGUGUGUCGAAGGUGAAUAUCAAUAAGGUCAUGAAUAAUGAGUAUAUGAAGGUGCAGAGGGAGAACGCGGGUCGGGUCCCUAUUACGAAACUGCAUGAGAUGGCGACGGAUGCAAUGCAAAAGGCCGUGGAGAACUCGAUGGAUCUCCUGGGCUCGACGGGGAAGGCUGCUUGA